GACUGACGCAGAGUAAAGGACUGAUGUCAUCGCCGUGAUCAUCGUUCGUUAUUUUCCUACGUACUUUACGCUAAUAAAAUAAUGUUUAUUUAAUUAAACUGAGUUUCGUUACUGGCUAUAAGUAAUAUUUUUUAUCAAGUUUUCUAUUUCCUUUUAUUUCUUUAGUGCUCUAAGGCUCAAGGAUAUUGCGGUGAGACCAUGUGAACAAUAUUCUAUAAGAGAAAAUAAUUCGGGAAUAGUGAAAACAGUGUAGUACCAUGUCAGGUACAGAGCAUAAUAUAGUGAACUCAAUGCAGCAAUUAUCUGUGCAACCAAACGUUAGUGGUCCUACUGAAAAACCAACGCAAGUUGUUACACCUGCUGUGAACAGGAGCCAGCAGGCAUCAGCAGCAAAGGUCACCCCUGUGAAGGCUAAUACUGUGUCCCCGGCCAUAGCUACCAUAGACCGGCUGCUCAGUCUGGGAGCUAAUAUCCCACCUCCACCUCCAGUGAUCACACGAACCUCAGAUAUGGACCCUCACACAGUAGAGCAGUUGCGUGCUGUUAAGGAACUGCUCACAGCUCAAGAAGAAGAGGCACAGAACUUAAGAGACAUUAAUCAUGAUCUUCGAGAGAGAAUAGAAGAGUGUGAAACAAAAAUAAAAAAGUUAACUGAACAAAAUGAGGAGUAUGCAGAGAAGGAAAAGUCACUGUCACAGAGAGUUGCUGAAAAAGUUAGAAAUAAUAAACAAAUGAGUGUGGUGAUGGAGGAAUACGAGCGCACUAUAUCAUCUCUUAUUGGAGAACGUGAAGCAGAGGGUAAGAGAUGGACUGAGGAGAGGUCCACUCUGGUCAGAGAGAGAGACGAGGCAGCUGCACACCUGGCUUCCAUGGAACAUGCUUUCAAUGAUGUCCACACUAAAUAUGAGAGGUGUAAAGUCAUUAUUCAAGGUUACAAAAGUAAUGAAGAAACUCUUAAAAGAACGGUUGAAGAUAAUAAUGAUACCAUUCAGAAACUGGAGGCACGGUAUGAAACUCUGCGGCAGCAUGCUAUGCAGCAGCUCAACAAGGCUAAUGCAGAACUUGACUCAGUCAAGAAGGCUCAUCAAGCAGAGAUUCUCAAACUGAAUGCUAUGCUCAAGAAGAGUGAAGUACAUGCCUCGUCACUGCAGGAAUCAUUGGCACAGAAGAUUAAGGAUAAUGAGGAACUCACAGCCAUAUGUGAUGAGUUGAUCAAUAAGGUUGGUUAAUACUUCACACUUAUACUCAUUCAUUUACAUAACUAAACUAACAUGCAUUUGUAUUUAUAUGCAGUUGACUAUAUUGUUAUAUAGUGUAAUACCAUUACACAACAUUGUGAAAUUACUUAAUGAAGCUACUGUUACCAAUAUCAGAAAUUAAUUAUUAUUUUUUUAUAAAACAGUAACUAGAGUAAUAAUUUUUAAUGUACUGUGCAAUCACCUUGUUUUUAUUUUGUACAAUUUUUUUUUUAAAUAUUUUAUAAUGAAUCUUAAGAUUUUACUACCUUGUGACAUAUGAACAGUGAAAUUGUUUUCUUUUUUUUAUAAGUUUGUUUUUAUUUGGUGCCUGACUGUGUUUUAUGUCAAGUGCUUGUAUAGUAUCAGUUCAGUAAUAACCCCACUAUAUAAUGUAAGCCUACUAGUAUUGGACCACGCUUUUAUACCAUUUGUAAUGAAUUUCUGAUAAUAUGUUCUCAUUAAUUCCAUCCUUCAAUGUAAUUGUUAACUUAUCCAAAGAUAUGGUUACAGUCUGGUGUAUCUCUGACUACGGUCAUGGAGGACUAAGGUCAGGAUAUGGUUUUAUGGUAACUACUUUGUUAGUUUCUUCUGACUAAACCUUAGCUGCCAUAAUUAAUUUUGAAAUUUUCUUUAUGUAUAAUAAAAGAUAUAUUAUGUUCUGCAGACUGGUGUUUACCAUUGAAUAGUAAUGGAAUCUGUUGUUUUCAUUCUUAUAAUAAAACAAAGAAAAAGUAACAAUUUGAGAUUAAAAUUGUCUAUGCUAGACACCAGUUUAUAAGAACAGUAGUGUGUAAAGCUAUAAGCGUGCUUAAAUAAUAGUUUAAAAAAUAAACUCAAUAUUAUCUAUUGUUUAUAAUUAGUGUUAGCUGAUAAACUUAUCAGAUAUUGCAGGACUAAUAGAUUUUGUUCCUCUAGUCUAUGAUUGUUCUAAAUUUGUUACAGGUACUUUUUAUGUUUUGUAAAGUAUGCAAGUACCUAGAUUGUCCUAGAUCAAUAUCAAAAAGAUACUUUAACAGCAAUAACUUGUAAUUAAGUCCCAAUUGUCUAUAGCUUAUUUUUCAGUAAAAGAAUAAUAGAAAUGACAAAAAAAAAAUGCUUUACAGCUAGCUAGCUAGGUCCAUAAAGCAAAUACCAAAAAGAAACUGUUAACAUAAUAUUAUUGCAACAAUUGGAAUUAAAUUAGGUUUAUUUAUUUUUUGUACAUGAGUAAUUGAAACUUAGACAUUAGUAUGUGCCUUUUGAAAUUAAAUCUUCACCAUCCAUAUCCAUUCAGUCCAUGAUUUAAUAUUCAUAACUACUAGACACCUUAGAACUAUACUUCGCCUAUUUCCAGUUGAAGCCUAUGGCAGUGCUAAACUCAUUCUCAUUUUUUAUUGUACAAUGUAUUGAUCUAAAAGUAUUAUUUAGCUGAUGAGGAAAAUAUAAUUAACCCUACUAAAACCUGUCACAGCAAACAUUCCACAAUAUUAUUUUUGUAGAUCUUUAAUCCUAACCGAAGGCACUUGAAAAUAGUGCAAGUCAAGUGUGUAAUCAUGACACUAUUUAUGAUCACGAUCACAACGCAUCUCACGAGAAUCCCAUUAAGCCUGAAAAUUAUAUUACAAUUAUGUUUCGUCUAGAAUAAGCAUAAUUUAGUUAAUAUUUACUACAUAUUUUUUUAUAACUUUGAUUAUUUCGCAUAAAAUUAACUGCAGUUUAUUCAUAUGAAUAGAAUGAAAUAAUAAAUUUCUUUUUGUA